CAGGCCCAUUUUAGUUUUGCUUGAGACUUGUUUUGCAGCAAAAUCCGUUUCGUGUCCUAAUUAGUAAACGAAGAACACAAUCUCAUCGUUCGGCAUCACUCGUCUGCGUCUUCUAACCAAAACGCAGGACAUUUUCAGCAGAAGUGAUGGCAUCGAAGCUUCAGCAGUUAUCAUCUAAGGCAUGCCAACUUACAAAGUACGUCACCAAGAAUACGUGUUCCAUCUACAAACAGACACUGGAGAAGAACAAGCAUUACAUUGUGGAGCCCCCUACUCUGGAAAAGUGUGACGAGCUAUCGAAAAAAUUGUUCUACACCCGCCUUGCCAGUCUUCCAGGUAGGAGCGAGGCAUUCUGGAAGGAACUUGACGGUGUCAAGAAUAAAUUGAAGCAAAGGCGUGAUAUGAAAGUCGAAGAUCUCGGGAUUGCUGCAUUGUUUGGCAUUGAAUGCUAUUUAUGGUUUUGUGCCGGGGAGAUUGUUGGAAGAGGUUUUACUUUCACCGGUUACUACGUCUGAGAAAAAUGGCCACUCUUAACUAGCCGAAAGGUAAAAAAAGCCGAGAGAGAUGGAAAGUUAUGAACUACUACUACUACUACUACUACAAUGUUUGUGCAUCUGAGAAAUCAGUGGCUGAAUUUUAUUGAUGCAAUAAUCUCUCUACUCUUCCCUUUUUCUACAUCCAUGAAUAGACUUCUGUGCACAUAGUUUUAUGAUCUUGUUUUUCAUUGUUCUUCUGAAUCUUCUCUCAACACAUUGCAUUUUAUAUCAAAUUGCUUUCUCCAUUCUUAUUUAUGGGAAGCUUGGCCCAUCAUUGUAGAAAAAUAAUAUGGGCGAGCCCAUAGCAUGUCUCAGCCCAAAUAAAUAGUAGUCUUUUAA